AAAAAGUAGAAUCUCAGCUUACGAGUGAUUAGGCUUACGCAAUUCGCUCGAGUGAAAAAGAGGAGAGAGAGAGAGAGGCAGAUUUGAGGUCAGGACUGAGUGAGGAGGAGGACGAGACGAGACCUUCUUUUCUUUUUCUCUUUUAUUCCUAAUUUCCCUCCAAACCAAAUCACCAAUCCCUAAUAUCAAUUACAAAUAUGUUGUUCUUCUCCUACUUUAAGGAGUUGGUGGGUAGAGAAGUCACUGUGGAGCUCAAGAACGAUCUCGCCAUUAAAGGAACUCUUCACUCAGUCGAUCAGUACCUUAACAUCAAGCUCGAGAACACUAGGGUUGUCGAUCAAGACAAGUACCCUCACAUGCUUUCGGUGAGGAAUUGUUUCAUUAGAGGUUCAGUUGUGAGAUAUGUUCAACUACCCCCUGAAGGAGUUGAUGUCGAAUUACUUCAUGAUGCCACCAGAAGGGAAGCACGAGGCGGCUAAACCUCAAUGAUAAUUCAGUUUAGACUCUGUUUGUCAGACCUUUGUAGGGUUAAGCAUAUUUUUGGAAAAUUGAACUCAAAAACUAGAACUUCUCGAUAUAUAUGUUAUUUUUAUCUCAAUCAUUUCUUGUAUUUAACUGUGAGUAACUACCUUGAUGACCAGAGUGGUUCUUCCUUUUUGACUGCUUCCUACCCUACUUCAUAACUGGGAAUGUGUCAUUGCAGUUUUGAUGCUCUGUCACGUGUACGGUGAUCGCAUCACCAAUUGAUCAAUAUGACUCACUUUUUUACCUCUCUA